CCAUAAAACCGUGCAUCUGCUGCUCCGCUGCUAAAGAUCGACACUAUACCUUAACUUACGAUCCACCAAGCUGUCACUUGUUCCCUGGGAUAUCUUAUCCCUUAUACGUCAUACUCGAAUCCACAGUGUCGAAUGUGACGAAGUGGCUAUGACGGAAAACAAACCCCUGGUCCCGUCAGCUGCCUACAGGUACGGCACAAUAGAUACAUCUGCCCCCAACCAAGAUGGUGAAGUCGCCUCUGAUCACAUCCUCGAUGCGCGCCAAGCCAAGCUUCAAAUCGGCAUCCCCACCGCUGUCUUCCUGAUUGUGAACCGUAUCAUCGGCACCGGCAUCUUCGCCACCCCAGGAACAAUCCUGGCUCUGUCCGGCAGCGUCGGGCUGUCCUUAAUUAUGUGGGUUGUCGGCAUGAUCAUUGCCCUCGCCGGUACGGCCGUAUUCAUCGAGUUCGGCACCGCGAUCCCCAAAAAUGGGGGUGAGAAGAACUACCUCGAGUAUGUCUUCACUAAGCCCAAGUUUCUCACUAGUGCCUUGUACACGGGCUACGUUGUUCUUCUGGGAUGGGCAAGCGGUAAUUCGGUUGUAUUCGGCGAGUAUAUCCUUCACGCUGCCAAUGUCGAGGUCGGACGGUGGAACCAGCGCGGUGUCGGCCUCACCUGCAUCACCUUCGCCUUCUUAGUCCACGGCCUGUUCCUCAAAUGGGGCAUGCGGCUCCAGAACGUACUCGGAUCCAUCAAGAUCAUCAUCAUCCUGAUCAUGGUGGUCGCCGGCUGGGUCGCACUCGCAGGUCAUGCAAAGCUCGAGGAGAAGCCCAACAACUUCCACGAUGCAUUCGAGGGGACCACCGGCAGUGCGUAUGGCGUCGUCACGGCGCUCUACAACGUCAUAUGGAGUUUCGCCGGCUACAGCAACGCCAACUACGCACUCAGCGAGACCAAGAACCCCGUGCGCACUUUGAGGAUCGCUGCGCCUUUGGCGGUUGGCUUCAUCGGGACGCUGUAUAUCCUCGUCAAUAUCUCGUACUUUGCUGCCGUCCCCAAGGAGGAGAUGCUCGAGGCAAAACGUCUUGUCGCCGCGUCUCUAUUUCGCAAUGUUUUUGGCGAAACCGCCGAGCGCGCACUCUCGGUCUUCGUUGCCCUGUCGGCCCUGGGUAACGUAAUGAGUGUCAUUUUCUCUCAAGGGCGGUUGGUACAAGAACUGGGUCGCGAGGGCAUCUUGCCUUUCUCCAAGUUUUGGGCGAGCAACAGACCUUUCAACGCACCGCUUGCUGGACUCUUCUGGCAUUGGCUCAUCUGCGUUAUUACCAUCCUGGCGCCUCCGCCUGGUGAUGCGUAUAAUUUUAUUCUCAACCUUAUUUCGUACCCUCUAGCUAUCAUCAACACCUUCGUCGCCGCUGGCCUAGUCCACCUCUACCUGCAUCGCGACGCCUGGAAUUGGCACCCUCCAUUUAAUGCCUCAUUGCCCGUCGUUAUCUUCUCCAUGCUCAGCAACAUUUACCUUGUAGUUGCCCCAUUCAUGCCCCCAGAGGGAGGCCAGAAUGUUUACCAAAGCCUACCGUAUUGGAUUCACUGCGUUUGCGGCUUCGGUGUCAUAUUCGCGGGAGGUGUAUACUACCUUGUUUGGGCGGUGGCCAUGCCCAAGUUAGGCAAGUACCAGCUUGUUCGGGAAACGAUAAUUGAUGAAAUUGAUGGAUGGGAGAAGAAUGUGUUUGUGAAGCGACGGCUGGGCGAACUUCCUGCAACGACAACAUAAUUUGCGCAAAAUGAAUGAUCGUUGGAUUGGACCGUAAUUGACCAUCCAACAUAUUAAUGAUAAAUGACCUAUUCACACCC